AUGAUCGCUUUCUCUUGCAAAUUCUCCACAGCCACAGCCAACUACCUAACCUAUAUUUCCCUAAAAAGGUUCCCUCCAAAGCCGAGAACUUUCACUCCUCUCUCUCAAAUUCAACAACAGUGUAAGCAACUGGAAUGCCAACUUGUUAGCACGCUCGAUGGCUGCGAAAACCUCAAUCAAAUCAAACAAGUCCAUGCCCACAUUCUGCUUAAUGGCCUUGACCAGUCCUGCUAUGUCCUUGCAAAACUUAUCCGCAUGUUCACAAAAUUUAACAUCCCUCUGGAUCCAUAUCCACGGCCCAUUUUUAACCGGGUCAAAUACCCGAAUCCAUUCCUUUACACUGCUCUAAUUAGAGGCUAUUUGAUUGAAGCAAGGUUUAAUGAAUCAAUUGAGUUGUAUAGUUUAAUGAGAAAGGAAGGUGUUGGGCCUGUUUCGUUCACAUUUACUUCUCUUUUUAAGGCUUGUGGUGCUAAUAUGGACGUUGGUUUGGGGCAGCAAAUUCAUGGGCAAACGAUUGUGAUCGGUGGGUUUGGUGCAGAUUUGCAUGUUGGGAAUUCUAUGAUUGAAAUGUACAUAAAAUGUGGGUUUUUGGAGUGUGGGCGUAAAUUGUUUGAUGAAAUGCCUAAGAGGGAUGUGAUUUCUUGGACGGAGUUGAUCGUUGCUUAUGGUAAAAGUGGGAAUAUGGAGAGUGCAUGUGAGUUGUUUGAUGGAUUGCCUGUGAAGGAUAUGGUGGCUUGGACUGCGAUGGUUUCAGGUUUUGCACAGAAUGCUAAACCGAGAGAGGCAAUAACGUUUUUCGAGAAAAUGCUGGAAUUUGGUGUUGAAACUGACGAGAUUACUUUGGUCAGUGUUAUUUCGGCCUGUGCUCAAUUGGGUGCAGCUAAGUAUGCUGAUUGGAUUCAUGAUGUUGCAGAAAAAUCUGGGUUUUGUGGUCGGCAUAGUGUUCUUGUGGGAUCAGCUUUGAUUGAUAUGUACUCAAAGUGUGGGAGUGUUGGUGAGGCGUGUAGAGUUUUUGAGGGCAUGAAGGAGAGGAAUGUGUAUUCUUAUAGUUCAAUGAUUCUGGGGUUUGCAAUGCAUGGUCGUGCACGUGAUGCAAUGGAUUUGUUUGAUGAGAUGGUGAAAACAGAGGUAAAACCGAACAGGGUUACUUUUAUUGGGGUGCUUACGGCCUGCAGUCAUGCAGGAAUGGUAGAACAAGGUCAGGAGAUAUUUGAGUUAAUGGAAAAACGUUAUGGUAUUAAACCAUCUGCUGCUCAUUACACUUGUAUGGUGGAUCUGCUUGGACGAGCUGGGCGCUUGCAAGAAGCACAUGAUCUUGUUAAAACAAUGCCAAUAGAACCUCAUGGAGGAGUGUGGGGAGCAUUGCUUGGAGCUUGUCGUAUCCAUAAGAACCCUGACGUUGCUGCAAUUGCUGCAAACCAUUUGUUUGAGCUUGAACCUAAUUGCAUUGGAAACUACAUUUUGCUUGCCAACAUAUAUGCAUCAUCCGGAAGGUGGAAUGAUGUCUCGACCAUAAGGAAAUUGAUGAGAACAAGAGGUCUAAAAAAGAACCCUGCAUUUAGCUGGAUAGAAUCAGAAAAAGGAAUGGUUCACGAGUUCUUUUCGUGGGAUAUGACGCAUCCAAGGUCUGGUGAGAUUAAACGAGCGCUGGAGGAUCUUCUUGAUAGGUUGGAGGGCAAAGGAUACCAACCAAACUUCAAUUCUGUACCAUAUGAUAUGAAUGAUGAAGAUAAAAGACGUAUACUAAUGACUCACAGUGAGAAGCUUGCUUUGGCUUUUGGGUUGAUAAGUACGACUCCUGGGUCAGACAUAAGGAUUGUAAAAAACAUUAGGAUAUGUGAGGAUUGCCACUCAGUUAUGUGUGGUGCAUCACAGAUCACGGGGAGGGAGAUUGUUGUGAGGGAUAACAUGAGAUUUCAUCAUUUUCAUGAUGGGACAUGCUCAUGUGGUGGUUUCUGGUGA